GAUGGGAGUGGAGGAAUCAUUUGAGCCAAAGAGUGCAGGUGUCAUACUUACGGUUUUUAGAGGAGGUGUUGUGGCGCCGUGUCCAUGUGCCUGGAAGAUUGAUUAGCACUCCUCAGAAAAACAAUUAAAAUUAGAGCUAAAACCUUAGAAAACAACAAAGGCCAAUUACCAUCUCUGUCUCCGUUUGCCGUCUGGUGCUAGAGGCAAAAUGGGAUUCGCUGUUAACAAUUAUUUCUUUUCCACACUCUUUACGACUCCUCUGGAAAAUGAGGUUUUCCUGAGGAAGAAAUCGUUCUGCAAUUUCAUGGUAGCUAAGUCUCUCUCUGAGACGAAUACAAUUUCCUGUAAAAUGUCACAAAGUGGAAUUGAAGAAAAUUCCACCAACAGAAGAAGCUCCAAGUCCAGGAUGGAUGAGUACAAUAUAGCUAUGAAGAGAAUGAUGAGGAACCCAUACGAGUACCACCAUGAUAUUGGUAUGAAUUACACACUCAUAACUGACAAUGUUAUUGUUGGUUCCCAACCUCAGAAGCCUGACGAUAUUGAUCACCUGAUACAGGAAGAGAAUGUUGCCUAUAUUCUAAACUUACAGCAGGACAAGGACAUUGAGUACUGGGGAAUUGACAUAGAAUCUAUAGUCGGAAGAUGUAAAGAACUUGGCAUUUGCCACAUGAGAAGACCUGCAAGGGAUUUUGAUCCCGAUUCCUUAAGAAGCGGAUUACCUAAAGCCGUUUCUUCAUUGGAAUGGGCCAUAUCAGAAGGAAAAGGAAGAGCUUAUGUGCAUUGUACAGCUGGAUUGGGGAGGGCCCCAGCAGUUGCAAUUGCAUAUAUUUUUUGGUUCUGUGGAAUGAAUUUGAAUGAGGCAUAUGACAUGCUUACCUCAAAGAGGCCUUGUGGGCCGAAUAAAAGAGCAAUACGUGGAGCUACCUAUGAUGUAGUUAAGAACGAACCAUGGAAAGAGCCUUUUGAGAGCCUUCCAGAACAUGCUUUUGAGGAUAUAGCAGUUUGGGAAAGGAACCUGAUUCAAGAUCGAGUUCGAGCCCUCCGUGGAACUUGAAAAUGAGCUUUGGGAUUAAAAUUUCAGGUAAAUGCCAUUCCGUUUUGUGAACAGGAUAGCAGACAUCCUUUGUAUAAUUUCAGUUUCAACCUCAUCAUCAAUUGCCAGGGACCAUGAUAUCUGACUUGCAUGGCAUAGAAAGGAAGCUACUUCUUCUUGACAGUCCAAUGUGAAGCCUUUUCUGAUUUCUGAGGAUGAUGAUGAUUGAUGCCUCACCUGGUCUUGAUAAAGGCCCAAAUUUGGUCAGCGGUUGCCCAUUUUUGCAUUAUAUACUUUGGUGACUAUCGAAUUCUCGAAUCAGUUAAUAACAUGGCUUCUUAUACUUGUGUAAAGAGGGAAUGUAAUUAACGAAUACAACAAUUAAUGCCCAUAGAAAUGGGAUGUUAAUUAUUUGAUUCAAUAAGUUACUUAAAUUUGAGAUCAUGCCACACUCUGAAUUGAGCUGUUAUGCUAUUCUAUUUUA